CCCCCGCCUUGCUGCCCCCACCGCCCUCGGGGACGGCGGGGAGAGCCGCCCCCGGCGGCCGGAGAGGGGCGGCCCCCGAGAGGGCAGAGGAAGAGCACUCGGCGGAGCCGCAGCGGGAGGUCGCGCACCCCGAAAGCCGGGGCUCUGUGUGCCUGCACACCCCGGGAGCGGGGUCUGUCUGACCCUACACCCCGGGAAAGGAAGCAUGCCCCGGGCCGCGCCGGGGCUUCCCCGGCGACUCCCGCCGCCCCUCCGGGAAAUGUCCCUGACCCAGGUGCCUUGAACGACAGAGUCAGUCCUGGAUGUUUGCAGCCUUCUGCUUCGGCUGGCAGAGAAGAAAAAAGGUGGACAGUGACCAGCAGUUGCUUCCGGUGAAAGGGAAGAAAUACCGGACCCUGUUCUGGGAUUAUUUGUGCGUGCUUCGUCCUGAAAAGGCCUCAAAAACAAUCAGUAGACAUCUGUGAAGAGAAUUGAGGAAGUCGUGAGGUUUUUUCUUCUAGCAGUGUCGAGCACAUCACCCUUGGAUUCUUUUGUCCUCAUGGCAUGGAUGCGUAGCUAAAUUUUUGAAGUUCUGAAUACUUCAGCUGCCAAAAUAAAGUGCUUUCCUCUUUUUACGUGGAAUAUUUUUCUUCUCGGCAACAUUCUUUCUGAGUCAGAGGCAUAACCAGUUUUCUUAACUGACUCCAGGUUAAAUGUAGUCUGAGUCACUGUGGAGACAUUGCUGAAAAGUUUCAUGGCAGAUUUUUUCCCUCCCCUUAUUUCGUUUUUUUUUUUAGAUUUUCUGACAUAAUCUUCUCUCAUUUUGCAUUGAGACCGAUAUUAUAAAUGAAAAAAUUAAUAGAUGUUUGUUUAUCCUUUUUUCUUUUGUAUUUUAUUUAAUAUUUUUGUUGAAAAAUGUUCUUGCCGAUAAGCAGUAUGGAGGUAUCCAGAUAACUGUUUACAAAUGCCUCUGCUACCGGAAAGUAGGAAAUGUUUUACAGUUCAUAUGUAAAAUCUGGGUGUUUGGCAUCACAGUUUGUGGAGUAAAACCUGUACUUAUUUCACUUGGAGCUGAUGCUGCGUUUAGUGAUAUCUACGUGGAAUAGACAGAAGAAACUGUCAGAGAAAAGAAAAUACUUUUAAGACAUACUUUGUAAAUAGCCUUGAAGGAUCAGUAAGUGAGAAGGAUGGGUAGCUGAUUUCUGUUUGGUCAAAUCUUUGUCAGACUACUACAAAUGUAGCAUCAACGGGAACUCGGGAUAUUAUCUCAAGGAAAACAAACUGGAAAAAUAUAGAUCACGCAGUACUAACACCUUGUGCGGUCCUCUUGGAUUAGGUUUGCAUUCAACUGAACUGCUACUUCCUGAAAGAAAAUUAAGAUGGACAGAGCAACUUAAUUCAAAAGGACUUGCCAUGAGGUGCUAAGCCUUUUUUCAUUGAUUCGGUGAGACUGGACCUAAAUGGCGCAGCAUGACUUUGCUCCAGCCUGGCUUAAUUUUCCUACUCCACCAUCAUCAACAAAGUCGUCGCUGAAUUUUGAGAAACAUUCUGAAAAUUUUUCAUGGACAGAGAAUCGUUGUGAAGCAAAUCGCAGAAGACACAAUUCUUCAGAGGGGUUUGAUCCUAACACUGGAAGGCCAAAUGGAGGGCAUUUUGGGCGAAAAGAGAGGAAUGGUUGGCGUUCACAAGGCAGAAAUGGUCCAGAAAAUAUAAAUCAUCGUGGAGGGUACCAUGGUGGAGGUUCCCGUACCCGUAGCAGCACCUUCCAUUGUGGAAAAGAUCAGGGACUGCAUGAAAACUGUGUACUUGAUAAUGAAACACGGCAAAAGGAAGACAAAGAAGUAUCCAACCAGUUUGAGGCUGAGGAUUUUCCAUCUUUAAACCCUGAAUAUGAGAGGGAACCAAGCCAGAAUAAAUCUCUAGCUGCAGGUGUGUGGGAGUACCCUUUAAAUCCUAAACCUAGAUCUCAGAGAAUGCUGGUUAUUAAAAAAGGCAGUACGAAAGAACUGCGGAUAUCUGGAUUCCCAGUAGUGGGAAGUCUUCACUCACAGCCAGUAAGGAAUGGCACUGGCACAAGUGUUUAUAAAGGAUUAGUACCCAAACCUGUCACUCCACCCACAAAACACACACAGUGGAAAAGCCAAGCAAAAGAAAAUAAACUUGGGAAUGCGUUUCCUCUUGAAUCUGCAUAUGGUGUUGGCAAUUUCAGUCCUUUCAAAUCAACUGUCAAGGCAUUUGCUGUAACACAAAAUUCAGUUAAAGAGUGUAAUCGGUCAAAUUCUUCAUCCCCUGUUGAUAAAUCUGGUCAACCUCGUUUAACAAAAUUGACAAGAAUGCGGACUGAUAAGAAGAGUGAAUUUUUGAAAGCUUUGAAAAGAGAUAGAGUGAAAGAGGAACAUGAAGAUGAGAAUCAUGAUGGGCAAGAGAAGGAUGAUGAAUCCUUCAGCUUGCAUAACAGCAACAGUCCUCAUCGUGAGAGAGAUAUAAACCGAAACUUUGAAAAUGAAAUUCUGCAGGAGAAUGGCAAUGCUUCAAUUACACCUCAGCAGAUCAUUCAGUCUUCAGCUUUCCCUCAGGCAAAUGUUCUUUCAAGCUCACUAGAGGCAGAGCAUAGGUUGUUAAAGGAGAUGGGCUGGCAGGAAGACAGUGAAAAUGAUGAAACGUGUGCUCCACUAACUGAGGAUGAGAUGAGGGAGUUCCAAGUCAUUAGUGAACAGUUACAAAAAAAUGGCCUUCGGAAAAAUGGCAUUUUGAAAAAUGGCCUCAUCUGUAAUUUUAAAUUUAGCCCCUGGAAAAACAGCACUUUCAAACCUGCUCUGGAGAAUGAGGAUUCUGAGACAAGCAGCAGUGAUACAUCAGAUGAUGAUGAUGUGUGAAGACUUCUCUAACACCUGUAGAGGCCCAUUUGUUCUUGUGAAGAUUUGGGGAUAUUUUGUCCAGAAACAAAAACUGUAAUUUAUUGAGUAACAUGCUCGCUACAGGAAGAAUGAUGGGACUUACCUCUGAAGGAAGCAGAGAAUUUUUUAUUGGGUGUGUUGGAAGUCACUGUAAUUUCUCUGUAGACAAAUGUUGUAAAAUGAGGCCUUGGGUUGAUCCAGCAUUGACUUCCAUCAUUGAAGCAUUUCUGACUAGCAGUGUUACAAAUCAGACUUCCUCACUUAAUAAUAAAAGCAAAGAAUUGUGUCAUGUCUUGCAAAGUUUUUGUCUUAAAAUGUCUAAGGAAAAAAAGGGCAGCCUGACACAGUGUUUUGCUUGCCAAGUCAUUCUUUCUUACAGUGGAAAUCAGUGAGUCCACUUUGUAUGCAAAAAGGGCAAUGUAGCACGUUGGCUAAAAUGAGCAAAGUGCACUAAAACUCUUUUCCGUAACUGGGCUGUUGAACUGUUCUACAAAUAACUGCUCUUUAGCCAUUUGUAGCGUUGUCGUUGUUAUUAAUGGCAAAAGACACUGAUGUUACAGUUCCAAAUUUCUAGAAUUAACUUUUGAAUUGAAAGCUUUAAGAAGUAUAGCAAGACCCUUAUUCUCACAGUGACUUGUGGGAAAAUAAGCAGCUUGAUUUUAGGAUUCAUCAUGCAGAAAGAUCGUUACAAUGACUGGAUUUGUCCACUACAUGGGAAAUAAACUGAUUUACAGAGUAUUGUCUCAGUGCAUAGCAUCAUGGGUAUUGUUUUUAAAACUGCUAAGUUUGUUUGCAUUUAUAUUACGUGUACUCUGGCAGCAAUGCAGUUGUGCAUUUCAGAACAAGGUAAAAAUACUUUCAUCAUCAGAUCUUACUUUUAUAGAAGUAGAAGUAUAUGUGUGCAAUAACCACCUGUUUUGCUUACUCUGUGUCAG